UGGGCGUUGUCUCUUUUUACCUUUCUCUUUUACUGGAAAAUGGAAGAGUAAAUCUUCCAGAGGGACUCUAUAUAUAUGUAUACAAAAAAAACAAAAUCAAAACACAUCAAACUUCAUUCUGAUUUCUCCCUUGAGCUUAAUAUCUUCUCCUGCUAAAAAUUUAACAAUGGCAAUGAAAUUACUUUAUGGAACUUUACAUGCUACAAUUUUUGAAGCCAAAGCAACUCCUAAUCCUGACAGAGAAACAGGUGAUGCACCAGACUUCUUUAGGGAGAUUGUGGAGAACGUCGAGGGAGCUACACAUCUCUACGCCACAAUUGAUCUCGAAAAGGCUAGAGUUGGAAGGACAAGAGUUAUACAGGAUGAACCAGUCAAUCCCAAGUGGCAAGAGUCUUUUCAUAUAUACUGUGCUCAUAUGGCUUCUAACGUCAUCUUCACCGUAAAAGCUGAUGAUUUAAUUGAUGCAACCUUGAUUGGAAGAGCUUAUGUACCUGUUGAAGAAAUUCUGAAUGGGGAAGAAGUUGAGAAAUGGGUAGAGAUAGUUGAUGAAGAGCGGAAUCCUGUGGAUGGUGGUUGUAAGAUACACGUGAAGCUGCAAUUUUUCGACGUUAGUCAAGAUGAGAACUGGGGGCGGGGAAUUAGAAGCCGUGAGUUUCCUGGAGUCCCUUAUACAUACUUCACCCAGAGACAAGGAUGCAAAGUUACUCUAUAUCAGGAUGCUCAUGUCCCAGAUAACUUCAUUCCAAGAAUCUCUCUCGCGGGAGACAAGAAUUACGAGCCCGCCAGAUGCUGGGAGGAUAUAUUUGACACGAUUAGUAAUGCCAAGCAUUUGAUUUACAUUACCGGCUGGUCUGUGUACACUGAGAUCACUUUGAUAAGGGACUCUAGAAGGCAGAAACCUGGGGGGAAUAUCACUCUUGGAGAGCUGCUGAAGAAAAAGGCAGAGGAAGGUGUCAGGGUUCUGAUGCUUGUGUGGGAUGACACUUUUGAUAUUAUGGGUGUGCAUGAUGAGGACACAUUUAAAUACUUCGAUGGUACGCAAGUGAACUGCGUAUUAUGCUCCCGUAAUCCUGAUAUUGGGAGCAGCAUUAUUCAGGAUAUAGAGAUCCAAACUAUGUUCACUCAUCACCAGAAGACCGUCGUUGCAGAUAGUGAGGUCUCCAGUGGAGGAUCGGAAAAGAGGCGAAUUGUGAGUUUUAUUGGGGGUAUUGAUCUAUGUGAUGGAAGAUAUGAUACCCAAUUCCAUUCCCUGUUUAGAACCUUAGACACUGCCCACCAUGAUGAUUUCUAUCAGCAUUGCUUUACUGGUAGUGAACUUGCUAAAGGUGGUCCGAGGGAGCCUUGGCAUGAUAUCCACUCCCGUCUGGAAGGACCCAUUGCUUGGGAUGUCCUUCACAAUUUUGAACAGAGGUGGAAGAAACAAGGUGGGAAAGAUAUUCUUCUUCUUAAUUUGGGAGAGCUUUCUGCUAUUGUUAAUCCUCCCUCUCCAGUGACACUCGGUGAAGACCCAGAAACAUGGAGUGUUCAGUUGUUCAGAUCUAUCGACGGUGGGGCUGCCUUUGGAUUCCCUCAUACCCCCGAGGAUGCAGCCAAAGUUGGGCUUGUUAGUGGAAAAGACAACAUCAUUGAUCGAAGCAUUCAGGACGCGUAUAUUAAUGCCAUUCGAAGAGCAAAGGACUUCAUUUACAUUGAAAAUCAGUAUUUCCUUGGAAGUUCAUACAGUUGGAAGGCAGAUGACAUUACGCCUGAGGCAAUCGACUGCUUGCAUCCUAUCCCAAAAGAAGUCUCGCUAAAAAUUGUGAGCAAGAUUGAAGCUGGUGAGAGAUUUACUGCUUAUGUCGUGGUUCCUAUGUGGCCAGAGGGUACUCCAGAUAGUGAUUCAGUUCAGGCAAUAUUGGAUUGGCAGAGGAGAACUCUGGAGAUGAUGUACACUGACAUUACCCAAGCUCUUAAAGUUAAAGGGCUUGAAGCAGACCCCAGAGACUACCUAACAUUCUUCUGUCUCGGUAAUCGGGAGGUUAAGAAAGAAGGAGAGUAUACACCAACAGAACAACCAGAACCUGAUACAGAUUAUAUCAGAGCUCAGGAGGCUAGACGAUUCAUGAUUUAUGUUCACAGCAAGAUGAUGAUAGUUGACGAUGAAUACAUAAUCAUCGGGUCAGCCAACAUAAACCAGCGAUCAAUGGAUGGAGGAAGGGAUUCUGAAAUUGCCAUGGGAGCUUACCAACCUCAUCACCUCGCUACCAGAGAGCCAGCGGAAGGUCAAAUCCAUGGAUUCCGCAUGGCAUUAUGGUAUGAACAUCUUGGCAUGCUCGACGAAGUUUUCCUCCAACCCAACAGCGAAGAAUGUGUAAAAAAGGUGAACAAGAUUGCUGAUGGAUACUGGGACUUAUACUCGAGUGAUUCUCUUGAUCGUGACCUACCUGGACACCUUCUUAGGUACCCCAUUGGAAUCACUAGUGAUGGAAACGUGACAGAGUUGCCAGGUUUUGAGUUCUUCCCUGACACCAAUAGUCGUGUUCUUGGUGCCCAAUCAAUAAUUCUUCCUCCAAUUCUCACUACCUAAAAUCCUAAGUUUAUUUCUCUCUACUUCAAUAAAGUACUCCUGGAAAAUUACUGGCACUCCUAUAUUAUAUACUAGUGGUAUGAUGGUAUUGCAAAUAAAAGUAUCUUGCUUGUAAUUUUAUAAUUUCUAUCAGGGUUCAUGAUCAUA